AUGUCACGCGCCUCGGCCGGAUUUGCAGACUUCUUUCCAACCGCCCCUUCUGUCCUGCAGCAAAAGCGCUUCAAAACAGCCCAGGAACGGCGGAAGGCACAUGUGGAUGAACUCUCCGAAGGGUCCCCGGAUUUCUCAGUGCCCGUUUCUAACGCACCCGUGACCAUCGAAAAACCUCAACUUCGUGCAGAUCACAGGGAACCUCACACUCCCUCUGCACUUAAUGAUCCUGAAUUGCCUGCCAAUGCGCAAACCGCGGAGGAUGCAGCUGCGCUACCUCCACCCGCAAAUUCCCUUCUAUCACAAAUCGAUACACUGACACCGCUUACCAAUGCGGAGUCGUCGCCGCCCUGUAAAGCGAUGAGCCCAUCUCAGGCAAAAGCAGAAGGCGAAGUAUUCUCGAACCUUUCCUCCAAAUCAGACCCUUCACUCCUCAAAUCUUCCAUCACUCCAAUUCACACCCCGCCGACACCUCAGUCGCAAACUCGACAUCUCGAACCUCGUGUGAUAGGUUGCAAGGUUGUUUAUGAUCCGGAUCUGGACAAGAGAACAUCGUCCAAGGAAAAACGGAAGAAACUCGAAUAUGUGGAUAUUUUGAACACCGGCCAAGACCAUCCUCCUCCCGACCCUCGCCUCGCGAUACCCAACUAUAACCGGGGAUCCGGUUGCAAGCAAAAAACAAAAUACCGUCCUGCGCCGUAUACUUUGAAAUCAUGGGCAUACGACGUCGCGACAAGUAUUGGCCCCGGGCCUCCGGUUCAAGUGGUUAUCACAGGCUUCGAUCCCUUGACCCCAAUUGCCCCGAUCAGCGCGCUAUUCUCGAGCUUUGGAGAAGUGGCCGAAAUAAAGAACCGCACAGACCCAAUCACCGGCCGCUUUCUAGGAAUUUGCUCCGUCAAAUAUAAAGAUAGCGCCGCAGCCCGGGGAAGUGGACCAGUCUCGGCGUCCAGCGCGGCCAGACGUGCAUACUUUGAAUGCAAAAAAGAACAACGCAUCGGGACACGUAGGAUUCGGGUUGAGUUAGACCGCGACGGUAUUGUCUCGGAUCGAUUGACUGCAAAGGCAGUCGAGUCUCAGCGACUGGCUUCCAAAAUUAACCCUCCAUCUGCCAGCAACAUACCGACCGGCGAGCCCCUCAAGAAAAGUGAACCACCACCGACCGCUCCCAAAGGUCCCUCCGGUAGGUCAUCCAUCCGCCCGGGGGUCGUCAUCCCAGAAGGGCCUAGAGCCGCUGCCCGGCCUCCCGUCGUGCAAUCACUGGUCGAGGAAACUCCUAUCCUCAGUCAAAUCAAGCGUGAUCCAUACAUCUUCAUUGCCCAUUGCUAUGUCCCAGUUCUCAGCACAACGGUUCCCCAUUUGAGAAAAAGACUCCGACUUUUUGCUUACAAACAUAUCCGUUGCGACAAAACCGGCUACUACAUCAUGUUUGAGAAUUCGCGCCGAGGCGAGGAAGAAACCGAACGCUGCCACCGACUGUGCCACAUGCAGCCUUUGUUUACCUAUAUCAUGAACAUGGAAAGCCAACCUUACGGCAACCCCAACUAUGAGCGAAGCCCGAGUCCCGAGCGCCUACGCGCCGAACGAAGAGACAAGGCUGCGAAAGACCGGACCAAGAAGGAGGCCGAAUUGGACAUCGAGGAAGAGAAGAAGCAGCGCGCGGCAGACCUGGACCCAUGCCGAGAGGUGUUGUCCAUCAUCAUUCGCGAUCUGAGGGACAAGCUUCUCGAGGAUGUGAAGUCGCGCAUAGCCGCUCCGGCCCUGUACGACUAUUUGGAACCGAGCAAACAUGCGACCAAGAGGGAAAAGCUGGGUCUUCCAGACCCCGAGGGUACCAAGCGGCCUGUAUUCCGGAUUGACAGUGCUCUUGGUACCCCCAACGCGCGGGUCGACUUGUCUACUGGGCGAGAUCCUCUCCAAUCUUCGGGACUCAACGUCCUUGCUCUUCCUCGUAUUCGGAAAGCCCACGGUCUUGAUCGUACGGGUGCUGCCUUUUUGGAUGAACGGCGCAGACAACCGCUGCGCAAGAAAGAAGUCAGGCCUUUGUAUCAUCGAUUGCAGCAAUUGCACGAUGAUGAAGAUUCGGAUGACGAGCAGCACACUCCUGCUGCCCGAGAUGUCGAUGUGCGAGAGAGCAGGCCCCCUAGUCGCGCAAGUUCAACAUCAUCUGAGUUUGGACGGGACCGAGGCUACCAAUCAGACGACCAAGGUUCCUCGCAAGGAAGCGAAGUGAAUACACCAGCUGCAGACGAAAGCACCACCAACAUUCCCAAUGUUCCACCAGAAGAACUAUCUCCCAGAUCACACAAGCGAAAGAGGCUGAUUAGCGAUACGGACUCACGGAAGAAACAGCGACAGGACGAUGAAUUAUUCGGCGUUGACUCGGAGACUAUCGGAGUUGAUGACGCAGCCAAAGUCCUCGAACCAUCUGAAGCUGUUGGCGACAGUCUUGAAGGAGAUCACGGCAAGUUACCGAUACUCGAACAACCAGAACAGUUAGAUGUCUCAGUAUCAGAUUCGGAUGAUGAUGUACCUGUCGAUGAAUCCAUUGAUAAACCAAGAACAGAGAUCGAAUGGGGUGUGUCCAGGGAUGAGCCCCGUGCAACUGUGGAGGAUGAUGACAACAUUGUGCUUGACUUGGAUGGUUGGCAAAACUUGGUCAAGGACGAUGAAGAUCUAAGAUUUUUGCGAGAGAUUCUACUGGAGCAAUCGGAAUCCAAUAUUGGAAAUCUCGGCGCAUGGGCUUGGAAACAAAAAGAAAUCAAAGCCCUCAAUGGCCUGCAAACUGGGACAGCUGCGAACCCCAUCAGUAUUCUUGGUUAUUAUGUUCCCAACAUCACAGGAGCUGCCCGGACAGAAGGUCGGAAGAGGAUUCUCGAGGCAGAAAAAUCCAAAUAUCUACCUCAUCGAAUCAAGGUCCAAAAAGCUCGCGAGGAGCGCGAGGCAAAUGCCACCGCAGAUCCUCAAGCAGCAGCAGCUGAAGCCGCCAGAAUUGCAGCUGCCAAGACCAUUUCCAAGUCAACGUCACGGUCGACAAGAGUCAACAAUCGCCGACUCAUUGCAGACAUCAACGCCCAAAAGCAAGCUCUGCCCACUGCGAGCGGUGAAGGAGAUGUUUUGCGAUUCAAUCAACUCAAAAAGCGUAAGAAGCCUGUGCGCUUUGCUCGAUCCGCCAUUCACAAUUGGGGAUUGUAUGCCGAAGAAAACAUUACGGCCAACGACAUGAUCAUCGAGUAUGUGGGAGAGAAAGUACGUCAGCAGGUCGCCGACAUGAGAGAAAGACGGUACUUGAAAAGUGGAAUUGGCAGCAGUUAUCUAUUCCGAAUCGAUGAGAACACUGUGAUCGAUGCCACCAAGAGAGGAGGCAUUGCGCGUUUCAUCAAUCACAGUUGUACUCCCAAUUGCACUGCCAAGAUUAUCAAGGUGGAUGGCAGCAAACGUAUCGUCAUUUAUGCGCUCCGGGACAUUGAACGAGAUGAGGAGUUGACUUACGACUAUAAAUUCGAAAGAGAGUGGGACAGCGAUGAUCGGAUUCCUUGCCUCUGUGGUUCAACAGGCUGCAAGGGAUUCCUCAAUUAA